UGUUAAAGGAGAUCUCUUUUUCGGCGGUUGAAAACCUUUGAAAAAUAAAAAAAUUGAAAAUGGAGAAGCCGACGUCGCCGGCGACUCAACUCACUGAGGCUCCUCCUCCUCCUGCUACUUCAUCUCUUCCAGCAAAGGAUCCUCCACUUCCUACAUCUGCAGACCAGAGAUCAGCUGAUUUGCCUCCCGUGGCCAAGGCUCAGCCUCCUUCGACAGUUGCCACGGAUCCGUCGCCAAGGGGAAGAAAGCGAGCGCUGGAGGCGAAUCUUCAGAUUGAAAACUCCAAUUAUUACAAGAUGCGACUCCUUCUCAAAGAUCUUCGCCCUCACGUUCUCGAGGUUAUACGAACUCCAGACUUCAGCAACUGUAAGGCAGCUUUUGAGAUUCAAGCGAAGAUGAAGCUUAUGCUUCAACUCUACCAAGAGAUGAUUGGAGGAGAAUCACCCAAACGUGAGAAAACAGCUAAGAGCGAGUCUUUAUCCAAUGGAAAGGCCAUUAAUGAAACACCUCAAAUUACUACUACUAGUACUACUGCUCUGAGUUCAUCUGAGACAAACAGUCUCCAAUCCGAGAAGCUGAACACUCAUGGAGAUGGCGACAAGGUGGUUGGAGGGUCGGCAUUUGGCUGGAACUUCACAACCGGUGGAGGCACAGACCCUGUUUACUGUGGUAUGUCAAAGGAAGAAUACAGAAGCUCUCACCCAAUUACUCAACCGGAGGCAGAGGCAGAGGUCGAGUUGCAAAACACAUUAUAAGCUUUGUUUUGCUUUCUUCAUCUGUUAAUGGAGUUUGUAUUAUAUUCACUUGGUGUCCGCACACCCCGAAGUCUUAUGUAUCAAUUGAAAACAAUGGAUUAGCUUCUGCGUUGAAGGUUUAAAUAGUAUAAUUGAGACAACA